CAAACAACUCAGUUGUGGCCUAAGCUAUUUUAGUGUCUGGUGUAAGUUCAGCUUGUGCACAAAGAUUUUGGAUUGGAAAGUGCUCUGGGGUUGUGCCCUGUUUGCAGGGGGGUUGGAUGGAGUCACACAAAGCCUGGUCUUGCUGACCUGAGGGGGUUUGUCCCAAGGUUGUGCCUGUGUGUUCUUGAUCCACUCCUGGCCAGUCAGAGAGGACAGAGGUGUAAGAAAAUGGUAAUGUUUAGCCCUGAAUCUUUGCAUCAGGAUUCAAGGGCACCUGCUCAGUAUUAUCAGGUGUAACUCUGUUACCUGUGCCUCCUGCUGGCUUUGGUGAACCCCAGUGGAGAGGGGCGGUGGGGCAUUUCUUCAUCCCUGUGCUCUGGAAACCGGGGUCCAGGGGCUGAGGCUGCCUGGGAAUGCUUGGGGAAGUGCUGGGGCUCCUGUGUUACUGUGCACAAACCAUCUUGUUCCUUCUGAAUAUUUAAACACUGCUGUGGUCUGAAAGAGCUUAUCCAUUUUUUAAAAGUUUAACUUUCUGCAUCCAUUUUGAUCCAAGUUAUGCAGAUCUGUGUGCACUGAUCUCAAGAAACAGGGUAAAUUUAAAACCCCUUCACCUCAGAUCUGUGCUGACAGCCACUUGGAAUGGGGGAAUUGGAUUGCUGAGCACUGUGGAGUGAGACUGGCCUGCCCUGAACAGCAUGGCUUGGCCUGAGUGUGCCAGGAAUUCCUUGUGCUUCAUACCAGAUGUUGCGCCCUGACCCUCCUGUGGACUGUGCAGGGUUUAAACAUCGAUGAAGCUUUGGAAGUGGCAGUGGCAGCCCCUGGGUGACCCUGGUGGGGAAAGUCCCCAUCCAUUAAAUAGCAGCUUUGUCCUGAGCAAAUCAUGAGUCCAUGACGAGUACCGCUGGCAAUGAGGUGAGGGGGAAAGCUUGUAGGCACCUGCCAAGCAGAGCUGAAGUGGGUGCAAGGAUGGAAUGCAGGGAGUUUUGUGGGAACAAAGGCAGGGCCUGGACCCCUGUGGCACGAAAGGGCAGAAGUAGCUGUUUCACUUCUGUGUGGAGGUUCCCCCUUAAUUUGAGGUCUGCUAAGGAGCAGCUAAGUGGGAGCUGCUGCAAGGUGGGCAGGGAGCACUCCUGGGCAGCCCCAGGGUCAGCACGCCUGUCAGCGAGCACUCUGGAACCACAGAGGGACACAGGGCAGCAGGGCCUCCCUCAUCUUGUUUUCUGUGGAUUGCUCAGGUGGCUCAGCGACAUUUUUUUCCCCAUUCCAGUGCCCAUGGUAAACAGUGGGAAUGUCCAGGGCUGGGGGUGCGGCCCUCCCUGCCCAGCCCAGAGUCCAGCAUAGCAACAGUGGCUUCAAACACUGCAGCCACCGUCGCCAGCAGGUCUGUGCACGCUUCCAGCCCGCCCCGGGGUGUCAGUCCCGCAGGGGGACCCCCUCUCCCUGUCAGGGUGGACCCCCCGAGUGAUUCCACCCACUCUGCUUUCCAGGGUGUUGGACAUGGGCACCUUCCUCUGCCCCCGCUGCCGCUUGGCAUUCAGAUCCCGACCGCUGCUGCGGGUGCACCUGGAGAAGCUGUGCCUCGGGCCCAGGGCACCCAGCAGCUCCUGCCUCCAUCGGGGGGAUCCUCUGCCGGUGGAGGGAGCACAGGAUUCGGCAAGGAAACCACAGGACGUCUCGGUAGUGUGGAGCUGGGUCUGGCACAGAAUGGAGGCGGGUAGGAGGGAUGGGGACAGAGACAGGGACAGGUGCUGGGCUGUGAAACAGGGCAUCACAUCCUGCAUGCAGCUUGAUCUGAGCUGGGGUAAGCGUCCAUCCUUCCAUCCCUGCACCACACAGCCAGCCUUUGGUGCUUACUAUGCCAAAACCAGAAAAGUAUGUCAUUAAGUGAGGGGGGUUUGGAAGUGUUACCCUUUUCUUCCCUUUGUGUCUGUGAGGUCGGGGUGUCCCAAAAUACGGACGACACUGAGCCACGCCAUCACUUUGUGCUUCGUGGGGUCCCACCAGCUGUGCGGGGACAGCGGGGACCAGGGCGGGCACGUGGAGUUCCCCUGGGGGACGUGCUCACCCCCCGCGAGAGGGCCCUGCUCCGCAAGGCCCACCCCACUUCUAGGAGGCUGCCAGUGGAGGGAGAGCCCCCCCGGCAGCCGCUCCCACUGCAGAGGCAGCGGCAGCCGCCGCAGGAGCUGCUGGAAGCCCAUGAACGCUGCGUGGCCGAGAUCCGGGCCAGGACCCAGCAGCUGGAGCGGCAGAGAGAGGGGCUGUGCCGGCGGCUGGCGACACUGGGGGCCAGGGCACCUCCGGGCCCCCAUCCCGAGCAGGGGGAGCCCGAGCUCAGCCAAGGCCCGCAAGACCAGGCCGGACAGGUCCGAACGGCACAGCACAGGGCCAGCCUCUGCCUCGACACCCUCCCACCGCCCGCGGGGCCGCUCACGGCCGAGGCCAGGGCGCUGCGACUGUCCUACCUGAGCUCCGGGGGACACGACCCGGCCAUCCUGGAGCAGCUUCUCCACCUCCAGCUGGAGGCCACGGUGCUGGAGAAAGGAGCCAUGGGGCUGCAAAGGGGCAGGCGGAUGGGUAAGCGCCAACACCAGGCCCAGGCUCGUCCCCCCACAGGGACCAGGGCCCCAGAGGCGGCACCUGAGGCAGCCCCAGCUGUGCCUGCAGAGCCUCCCAGCACUGGCAGACACGGUCUGGAUGCGGCACUGCUGGCCGUGGAGCUGGAGAACCGGCGUCUGGAAGAUGAACUGUUGGCACUGAAGGUCAGGAGGGAGAGGAGAGCAGAUGCUGGCUCGCGGGCAGCCCAGCAGCACACAGAGGAACUGGCCCAGCUCCAGGCAGAGGUGGGAAUGCUGCGAUGCCACGCAGAGCAGACGAGACCAUGGCCACACACCCCUGUCUUCCCACACCCUAUAGCUCCCCCACUGCCACCAGCCCUGGCCCUGCCAGAACUUUUCAUGGAGCCCACCGGGCCAGCACUGGGGCCUGGCAGGCCCACAACUCAUGUGGCCCCUGGAUUCCCCUUCACGGCCUUUGUGGCCCUGGAGGACCCUCCCCCUGCUCAGGAACCCCCAACACAAAACAGGGCUCCCAGAAGGUGAGCCAGGAAUAGGCCAUGGCCCCACUGGACAGCCCUGCCACCUCCUCCACCCUCCUCAGUGGCAAACGGGCUUCAGUAACUACUAGGGUGAUGAAGGAAUGGCAAAAUCUGUGUUUGAGCUGCAGAGAUGGGUUUAGGGACCAGCUGUGGGUUGGUACCAGGAUCCCACAGUGCUAGGGUGGGUGGAAGUGUACAGGAUCACUGCUGAGACCAAAGAAGCUCUGAGCAUUUCAGCAGAAAAAAGACAGGCAAACCCAGUGGCAAACUUGAGUUACACAGCUCAACCUCCAGCUCAGGACAGAGCCCACAGCCAGAAGAGUGGUUAACACUCCUACUCACAAUGGUGGACUGGGGACAGGCAGAGGACAGAGGGGCACAACAAAUUCCCUGCCCUCAGGCACAUCCCUAGAUGCAGCCCUCUGUAGGGAAAGCCUAACCCAGGGCCUACACAGCUCAGCUCUGGGAGCCAGCAAAAGCCACAGCCAGCUUUCCAAAGUGUCA